UUCAUAACAAUAGUUCGCUCAGCCACUCCCACUCCUUCUUCCCCUCAAUUCACCUCACCCAGCUCACGCCAUGGUCGUCGGCAAGCUGGCCAUUGGCCUCGUGGCCUACAUGGCCUACAAGGCCUACAAGAAGCAGCAGCAGCAACAGCAACAGCAGCAGUCGGGCGGCGGCGGGCACGGGCACACCAUGGCGCUGGCUGGCGGCGCGCUAGCAGGUGGCGCGGCCGCAUACGGCGCGCAGCAGCUCAGCGGGCCGAGUCCUGAGCGACAAAUGAUUAUAGAUAUUCUACGGCAGUGCGUGCAGGAUCAGAACAUUCAGGCGUUCUAUCCGGACCCGCGGGCGCUCGAGGCUAUCGCGGACCGGAUUAUCCAGACCCGCGCGGUUGACCGCAUCGAAAACGAGUUCCAGCUACGUACGGCGCGCGCGCUCGACCUUGUCCAGAUCGCGCUGUUCGACGUCGUGCUCCUCAUUGACGACUCGGGAAGCAUGAAUGAUCGCGCGGUGGGGAACGACCGCAGCCAAGGGACCCGUAUCGACGAGCUCAAGCGGCUGCUCGAUCGUGUUGCCUUCGCUUCCUCCCUCCUUGACACCGACGGUUUCGCCAUGCGCUUCCUCAACGCCAAGGAUGCGCCCAGCAACGUCCGGGACGCCCAGCAGGCGCGCAAGAUCGUCGACCACCUCACGUUCAAGUACAUGACGCCGCUCGGCUCGUCGCUGCAAGACAAGGUGCUCCGCCCGCUCGUGGUCAAGCCCGCCCAGUCCGGGUCUCUCAAGAAGCCCGUGUACGUGAUCGUGAUCACGGACGGUGAGCCCAACAACCAGCGCGAGAAGGACCUGGUCGGCUCGAGCAUCAUGGAGGCGCGCAAUGCCCUCAGCCGCACGCGGUACGGCGCCGACGCGCUCUCGCUGCAGUUCGCGCAGGUCGGCGACGAUGUCACUGCUCUUGCAUGGCUGCAGGGCCUCGACAAGCACCCGCAGAUCGGCGAUCUCAUCGACCAGACCGCUGGCUAUGUGCACGAGGCGGCAGAGUACAACGCCGCGACGGGGGGCACCAGCGCCGAGCCGUUCACGCAGGCGUUCUGGACGCUCAAGAUUCUCCUUGGCGGCAUUGACUCCGAGUACGACUCCAAGGACGAGGGCCGACACGUGUACCGUGCCGCGGUGGAUCAGAGCUGGGCCCAGUCGUGGCAGAAUGGCCCGCCCCCGGCGUACGGCGCGCCGCAGCAGCAGUUCGGCGGCGGAGGCGGCGCCUACGGCGCGCCUCAGUCUUACGGCUCUCCUCCUCAAGGGUAUGGCCAGCAGCAGCAGUACGGACAGCAGCAGUAUGGCGGUGGCGGCUACGGCCAGCCUCAGCAACAAUUCAGCGGCGGUGGCGGCUACGGCCAGCCUCCUCAGCAGUACGGCCAGCAGGGUUAUGGUCAGCCUCCUCAGCAGGGCUACGGCCAGCAGAACUAUGGCGGCCAGCAGUACGGCGGCGCGCCGGGUGGUGCGCCUGGUGGCUACGUCCACCCCGGCUACGGCAACCACUAGGCUGCUGUGCCUCACUCUCUUUUCUUUCAACUCGACACUUCGUUCCAAACUGGUCAGUAGUUUAUAAGUCUCUCGCAUCGGUCGCAUACACGAGAAGAUGCGCAGCGUGUGUAUGUCAUUGGUUCCUUGCGAAUGCGCGGGCAUGCAAAUGCAAGCGUCCGAGGUGUUCGACUCGGAAGCGAAUCAAGCUUA